UGAUGAAUACUCCAGAUUCCCAUUUGCUUUUCCGUGCUCCGAUAUCUCAACUUCAACUGUCAUCUCCUGUUUGCAGACUCUCUUCUAUCUUUUUGGAAUGCCUGCAUAUAUCCACUCAGACAGGGGCACUUCUUUCAUGUCUCACGAACUAAAAUCAUACCUGACAGCUCAAGGAAUUGCUACCAGCCGAACAACAGCCUAUAAUCCAGCGGGUAAUGGCCAGGUCGAGAGAUACAAUGGCAUAAUUUGGAAAACUAUUGAGCUGGCUCUUAAAUCUGAAGGGCUUCCAACAAAUCAAUGGCAAGCCAUGCUACAACCUGCUCUCCACUCGAUUAGAUCAUUACUAUGUACUGCCACUAAUGAGACCCCUCAUGAAAGAAUGUUUGCACAUCCGAGACGCUCCCACACUGGCUGCUCUCUACCUACAUGGCUCACCAUUCCUGGCCCAAUUCUAAUGAAAAACCACAAUCGUAGUAAUAAGUAUCAGCCCAUGGUUCAAGAAGUGGAGCUGUUGGAGGCUAAUCCGGGAUAUGCUCAUGUCAGGUUACCUGACGGCAGGGAAACUACUGUUAAUGUCCGUCACCUGGCUCCUAGAGGGUUACUUCCUGAAAAGGCCCUUGAUGCAGAUAUGCUAGCAACCCCUCUACUAAAAACCCCACUUGCUGACAGCUCCCACGAGGCUACUGAUGAUCAACUUUUGGAAUCCUCACUUGAUGAGACCUGUUCUUCGGAAAACACUGACUCAUUUUUGAGACCAAAACAGGAAGAGACUUUGCCUCCUACUACAUCCAGAAUACGAAGACCACCUGCUUAUCUUUCAGACUUUGUUACUGACUGAUUCAAGUCACUCCCUGAACUCUUAAAAUAGCUCGGGGUGAAUGUGGUGAUAUUUAUUAACAUCUUGUUUUAACUGUAACUGUGCUUGAUUUUCAAUUGUUUUACUAUUUAUGUUUAUAAGUAUGUAGUCCUCAGCGGCUAGCCUAAUUUUGCUAAUUAAAGCUUUAUUAAGUUAUUA